AGUUGUGACAAUUACUAUUGCAUUGCAUUUUUGUCAAGUCAGACAAUAUCUUGAAAAUAAUUUUCUGUAAGAAAUCUGAAAUACAUCUUUAUUAUAAAACUAAUACACAGAUUUAUUUAUUUUAAUCCAGUUUUCACAAGUGAACGAUUUGAAAUCACAGAAUUACAAUGUCUGCUACUGCUUUAUUUGGAAAUACUUCGGGUCUCGGAGGAAGUUCUGGUGGAAACAAACACUUGGUAGAAUUUCGAGCUGGUAGAAUGACAUUGAAAGGGCGUAUGGUCCAUCCAGACAAGAGGAAGGGCCUUCUUUAUGUCUACCAAGGAGAAGAUUCCCUCAUGCACUUUUGUUGGAAGGAUCGCACUACAGGCGAAGUCGAGGACGAUUUGCUUAUUUUCCCUGAUGAUUGUGAAUUUGUGCGAGUCAAUGAAUGUACUACAGGCAGAGUAUAUGUGCUGAAAUUUAAAUCAUUUUCAAAGAAAUAUUUCUUUUGGAUGCAAGAGCCUAAAACUGAUAAGGAUGAUGAACUAUGCCGUCGCAUCAACGAAGCACUGAACAAUCCGCCUACAUCAGGUGGUCGGGGAGGUGGUGGCAGCGGGGCCCAGGAUGGUGAACUGCAGAACUUGCUCAACAAUAUGUCUCAGCAGCAGUUGAUGCAGUUGUUUGGCGGAGUUGGCCAAAUUGGUGGAUUGUCUUCCUUGUUGGGAACAAUGGGAAAUAACAGCAGCAGCAACAGUGGCAGUACAACUACAAGCAGCCGCCCCUCCGCGGGCAGUAACAGCAGCUCCCGUGGUGGCAGUGCCCCUCGCACCACUGAAGCUCCAGCGGCCAGGACUCCGUCCCGCGCCAGGGACGUGCCAGCCCCAACUGCUACACCACCAAACACUGCAACUGCAACUGCUUCUCAACCCAGAAGUGGGCAAAUAGUACUAUCGGACUUGCAACGCUAUUUCUCUGGGCUAGGCACCGCGCCGGAGGAGGGCGCGCGCGUGGACCUGGCGGGGGCGCUCGCCGCGCCCGAGGUGGUGAGCGCGGCCAGCGCGCCGCCCAACGCGCAGCGCCUCGCGCCGCACCUGCCGCCGACCGUGCCCCAGGACGAUGUAAGGACCACACUGCUCUCACCGCAGUUCGCUCAGGCGGCCAAUCAGUUUUCCUCGGCUCUGUCAUCGGGCCAAAUGGGUCCAGUGAUGUCGCAAUUCGGUUUGCCGUCGGAGGUGACGUCAGCAGCCAACACAGGAGACAUGCAGGCGUUCUUCAAAGCUCUCGAGAGCUCUUCCACUUCCGACGCCAGCAAGUCCCAGGAGGAUGAUAAGAAAAAAGACAAACCGCAAGAUAAUAAAAAUGAUAAGAAGGACGGUGACGCCGGAAUGUCGCUUGACUAAUUUCAUCGAUAAUUAAUAUAUGUUUUUUAUCAAUCGAGUCUAUUUAUUAGAUUCUUGACUUCAAAGUAAUUUUGUGUUAUAAUGUAUAAUAAUUCUCUUUAUCGUUCUAUUGUAAGUCAUUUAAUUGGCUAUUGAACGUAUGUGGAGAUGUGUGUGAAAUUGUAAUUUUUUUAACGACUUCUUCGUCUUACAUUGUGUACCUACAAAAAUUUUAUGCUAUUCAAUAAAUUAAAUUUGAA